AUGCUGCUUGUAUCGCAGCCCAUCCAACAGCUCACUCCUUUGACUUUGAAGAAGACUCAGAUCAAACGUUUCCUACCAAGCCGUUCCCGCCUCACUGCCUUAAACAAAACCUGGAACGAAGCGGGCAGGACGCAGGGCAGGCUGCAGCCUGCGGCGGCGGGUGAAUUUCAAACGCGGUUCGCGCAGGCCGCACCCGACCCGUGCGCGCCGGGCAGCACCGGCCGCCAGGGGGCCUCGGGCCGUGCGGCGGCGCGCGGAGCGGCCGGCCCUGCCGGGCAGGCGCGGUGCCGGGCAGCGCCCUCAGCGCCCCGAGCUCCCUUCGAGCCCUCCGCUCCCUCCGAGCCCUCCGCGCCCUCCGAGACCCCAGCGCCCUCCGAGCCCUCCGCUCCCUCCGAGCCCCCCGAGCCCUCCGAGCCCCCAGCGCCCCCAGCUCCCCCCAAGCGCCCUCCGCGCCCCCAGCGCCGCCUGUCCGCCGCCGCCGGCGCCGCGCCCGCACCCCGCGCCUCGUUCCCCAAGUGA